CUCGUCUACAUCUUGACCUUUCUGCUCGGCCUUCCUGCCAACCUGCUCGUCUUCUUUGUGUACAUGCGCAAGGCUCGUAAACAUGGCGCCACACCCAACGUGGUCUACGCCCUCAACUUGUGUCUGGCCAACUUGGGGCUGUUAGUCUGGCUGCCUGUCAAGACUUUGGAGACUCUGCUUCAGGACUGGAGGCUGCCUGCUCCCGUGUGUCUUGUCUACAACUUCUUCCUCUUCUCGUCCCUGUAUGGCAGCUGUCUGUUCAUCACUGCUGUAACGGCGGGUCGUUACUUCAGCAUAGCAUUCCCGAUCGUCUACAAGAGAUGGCGCUGUGCUCGUAACUCCUACAUCAUCAGCGCUGUCUUGUGGCUGUUGGUGGUGCUACACCUCAGCCCUGGCGCGGUGGUCGAAGAAGGGGGGUUUUUUGUUUCCACAGGUAAUAACUCAUCAGUUUGCUAUGAAGUUUUUAGUGCGUCCCAGCUGGCCGUGCUGCUGCCACUCCGCCUGGAGAUGGCCAUCACCCUGUUUCUUUUGCCUCUGAUUGUGUCAACUUUUUGCACGAUGCGCUGCGUCACGCUGGUGUGGCGCUCGAAAUUGUCCCCCAUGGGAAAAAGAAGAGUGCUGGCUGUUGCGCUGUCCACGCUCGCUGUGUUUGUGGUUUGCUACGCACCCUACAACGCCUCACACGUCGUGGGGUUUGUGAUGGGGGAGAACGUGAAGUGGAGGACGUACGCUAUGCUGACGAGCACCUGUAACGUAUUCCUGGACCCUGUGGUCAUGCUGAUGCUUUCUCCAGUCAUGUCAAGAGGCAUCUUGGGAAGAAUCUGUGGACGGCAAAGCCAGUUCAGCCACAGGGGGGGUUCUCGGUACCGGUGUAAAGCCGUCAGUGAAGCUUCAAAAGUUAGACCACCAACUGUCCCAUCUGAGGGGAGCAAACCUGGGGCUUAG